AUGUCGGUGGCGGCGCAGCUGCAGGUGGAGACGGCGGCGGCUGCCGCUGUGCUGGCGGUGAGGCACUCGUGCCCCAGCCUAACUGCGGCCGCCGUCCACUUCAUAAGGGCCCACGACUAUAAAGUAAUGGCGACGCAGGGCUGGGCAGAUGCUAUGCGUAGCUGCCCUGAGCAUCUGAUUGAAGUCAGUCGGCUGCUCGGUGAACCACCAGCAGAACCCAGGAGCCUCUCUCAACAGGAGAGAGGGAGGAGGCUGAUAGAGGCGGCCAGGCAGGGCGCGGCGGAGCAGCUGCGCGAGUUACUGGCGGCGGGGGCGGAUGUGGGGGCGAGGGAGGAGGGGUGGGGGGACGGCCGGACCGCCCUGCACUGGGCAGCAGCCGGGGGUCACGUGGCGGCGGCCAGCUGCCUCGUCGGCGCCGGCGCGGAGGUCGACUCCAGAAGCAGCAGGGAGCAGAGCACGCCCCUGCACUGGGCUGCAGAUAACGGCCACGCUGGUGUGGUGCGGCUGCUGGUCGGCGCCUCUGCUGACCCCAACGCCAGGGAUGGGCAGGGGCAGACGCCGCUGCACAGGGCGGCAGAGGAGGGCCACGCAGAGGCGGCGGCUGAGCUCCUCCUGGCGGGGGCGGACAGGGGGGCCCGGGAUGAGCAUGGCAGCACCCCCCUGGACCUCGCCAGGGAGUACGAAGAGCAGCAGCUGGUGGAUAUGCUGACACAACGCUGACAUACGGCAUUCAGGAAGCACAAUC